GGGGAUGGUAAUUAUACGCCGGCCUUAGUGUAAGCCGUUGUAUCAUCGCGGCGAGGUGGAAAAGGCACGGACGGGGAGUAAGAGGAAAGCGGGUGCGGGGUAACGCUGGCCGGGACUCGCUAUAUGCAGGGAGCGUUAUCCUGGGGUCACAUCACCGACCCCGCCGCUUCCAUCUGCUGGUUCCGCCCGGCCUGACCGCUGUUGCUGUGACUCACUGACUGUGCUGUGCAUUCAGUGCUGCUGCUUCUACAAUGAGUCGGAUUUAUCACGAUAGUGCGCUGCAGAAUAAGGCCGUGCAUGAUGAAGCGGUGCCAGGGGCCUGGGAGCCGGCCGCCUAUCAGAGUGGACAAGGCAUUCUUUUGGAAGGUACAUUAGUGGAUUACUCCCGUCACAUUAUAACAGACACGAAUGGAAAGAAGGAACGAUGGUACAUUCUAUAUCUGAGACCUAGCAAGAUACAUCGUAGGAAGUUUGACAGUAAAGGAAAUGAAAUUGAGCCCAAUUUCAGUGACACUAAGAAAGUGAACACCGGCUUCCUCAUGUCUUCUUACAAGGUAGAAGCCAAAGGUGAGACGGACAGACUGUCUACAGAGGAACUGAAGAAUCUGAUCAACAAGAAGGAUUUAAUGAAAAUCAGCGAUAGGUUCAUUCCCAAAGAUACUCUAGCAUUUUGGUUACCAGAAACGGACAUGGAAAAACCUGAACUGGAGUUGGGUGAACUGCUAAGAGUUAAGACCUUGGGAGAUGGACCUUUUUUAUUUUCAAUAGCAAAACUUGAAAGUGGAACAGUGACCAAAUGUAAUUUUGCUGGCGAUGCUCAGACUGGAGCUUCCUGGACAGGCAACAUAAUGGCCAAUAAAUCUCGUAGCAGUGUAUCUGCUAGCGAGCCCAGGGGCCAAGGGGAUGGAGCCGAGGACGAUGAAUGGGAUGAUUAAAGAACCCGCUUUUCAUGACUGCUGCUGCUAUGUUCACCACAGUAGCAAAAUUAUUGACACCCUGAAGCUGAAUAAGUAUAAAAGGCAUGUAUUAAUUGGCUAUAGUGCCCACACAGCAGUGCAGUUGUGGCAUUUCAGGGGACUGUCACCUCCUGCAGCAGCUUGCUGCCUACCUGUAGCGUAUUGCAGGUGUGUUGAAUCCCUGUGGGCCUGACCGGAUACAUCCUGGCAUCUGUGAGUGCGACUAUGGACUUUUUCUUACUUGCAGACCAAUAUACUCGGCAAGUAAACAUCUACUUCUUGUAUGUGAAGCUGGUGCAGGCCAUUUCUUUUGGAUGUUUGUUGAGCUGCAUCAGUACUCCAAAUAAAGACUGUACCAGGGACAAUGAGGUGUGAUUACCCCGAUGUAUGUGUAUUUUUCUCAUGAUUCUUAUAAACGUUCUUUCAUCUUUUCAGAUUGUAGCAAAUAUAUUAAAAAGAAACUAGAAUCUUCUUCCACAAAACGCUAGUUAUUCUCCAUAUAAUGCAUCAUAUAAUUUACAUGUAUUGGCUUUUACAAUAUGUAUUAGAGAUUUAUUGGAUACAAACGUUCAUUCAAUGAAUAUUAUAACUUGCCUUUCUUGACAAUAUUUGCGACCUACAUAAACGGUUGUCAUUUGGCACUUUACGGACGACACGCUUAUAGUUGUUGCACAGGUUGAUAGUUUUUCGGCAAACUUGACCUAACUAUGUAUGAUGAGAACAUGUUACAAUCAAAAUGUGAAUAGUUCUAUUUUGAUAUGUUGGAAUAUAUGGUUACACUGAAUGGGGCCUCCUGUCAUCUGAGCCUGGUCCACACGCCAUGCCAAAUUGGGCACAGAUGCACUCAUUCUGUAGUUUGUACAGUACUAGUACAAUUUUCCAGCAACCCUUACGUUUCUAUUGUUAGAAAGGUUGGUCUUUUUCAGAGAACCUGUUCAGCAGUGCCUCUUCCCAUUAGUAAUAAAAUCCCAACCAACCAGCUACUAACUGUCAUUUUUCAAACACAGCCUGUGACAUGACAGUUAGGAGCUGAUUGGCUGGUACUGUAUCUCCAUCCACUUUAUCUCCAAUGCUUAGUAAAUAGACUUCAGAGAUAGCUAUCAAAGACCCUGACCCCCCCAGCUACCAGGAUUAGCUUUAGCGCUAGUGAGCAUUGUGGGUCUCCAUAGCUUUGUGCUAUAGAUGCAAGGUGUGAGAAAAAUAUGCCGCCUAAUUAUAUCAAUUGAAUUUCCGAUACCCGCACAGACUAGGCUGUCGCAUGGUGAGAGGUUUACUUUUCCUCUAAGAACCAGAAACUGCCAAACAUUCCCCCUUGCUAGAGUGGGUGGUAAUGUGUCUGUGUCGCCAGUCAAAAUAUGUACACACAUUUUUAAUAUCUUUAUGUGGGGAUGCUUCUGUCAUCUGUUGUUGGGAAACAUUUGUUGGUGACAGAUUAUUGCUGUAAUUUCUCUGUUCAGUUAAUAUGGUUGGUAAUAUUAAUAUAUGCUAUUUCAGUCAAAGCUGUGCUUAAUUUUCUAUAUGCUCUUAGUUGAUGCCUGAACUGUAAUGGAAAAUUAUUUUUGUUUAUGAAGUAUAUUUUGUGCGUCUGAUAUUGGGAUUUCUUUAUAAGAUGGACAUAGAAAUAAUUUUUAUGUGCACUAAAAUGUAUUCACUUCACAUUGUAUGGUUCUAGAUUUUUAUAUUUUUCUGUAUAAAUAUAUAUGUACAAGGUUAGUCUGUUUGCAAAAGCAAUACAAUGCAAGUUACUUGG